CUCGGACCGCGUCUUUCAAUUUUUAAAUAUAUCUCUGUUGUGCCAGUACGCCGUGUUCUUACUUCAGUGGCAUUUACCGGUCCUGACUGUUGUGUUUUGUUUCAGAUCGCUCCUGCUUGCAAGUAAACGCUAAUAGUACGUGCUACAUUUGAACCAUUUGGAUCUCGCGCUAAAUACCAAGACUCGAUGUCUUGAAUCUGAUUGGUUCGUCUAUAUAUUGUGGUCAUGUCAACCGUAAACUUUAUUCUAUAUAUAAAUACACGUAAAACUCUCGGUGAAAGAUUUCUCACAUACUUAUGUCGUGUCAGUUAAAUUUUGUAACUGGUAAUCCAAACAAAUUGACUGAAUUCCUUAAAAUUAUUGGUGAGGAAUUUACUGGAAAAGUAAAAACAGUUGAUCUAGAUUUACCUGAAGUUCAAGGUAGUAUCGAAGAAGUGAGUAUACAAAAAUGUUUAUCUGCUUUUAAAAUAAUCAAUGGACCUGUAUUAAUCGAAGAUACAGCACUUUGUUUUAAAGCACUGAAUGGAAUGCCUGGGCCUUUCAUUAAAUGGUUUUUAAAAGCGGUUGGUCCUGAUGGACUACCUCGUAUGUUGAUUGACUUCAAUGAUUAUCGUGCAGAGGCUGUAUGCACUUUUGCUUAUUGUGAUAGCCUCGAAAAACCAGUACAAUUAUUCACUGGUAUCACAUCAGGUUGUAUUGUUUCACCUCGUGGACCACGUGAUUUUGGAUGGGAUUGCAUAUUUCAACCGGAUAACUUUGAACAAACUUAUGCUGAAAUGGAUAAAUCUAUAAAAAAUUCCAUAUCACAUCGAUCUAAAGCGUUAGAAAAAGUGAAGUCUUUUUUGCUGAAUCAUGGAGCUUAAUGAAAGCAGU